ACGAUUGCAUACUCCCAUAGUCCGCCUGACUCUAUACACCCCGCGCCUGCCAGAGCAUAUUACUACUUACGGCCUCUACUACAGCCUCUACCCAAAGGAUUAUGCGUGCAACUUCCUACUACAUCUCACAGCUCGAUCAACACUGCAUUGAGUGCUGAAACCCUUUUCAGAUAGCACCGCACUGCCUUGGGUGUCUAGUGCCCACCGAGAGAGCUUCUAUAGACCUCACUCAAUUUAGCUCAUCGCCACACAUUGUCUCGAUCUUGUUUCCAGCCGCUACCGCUGCAAGACGUCGCAAUGCCCGGCCGUCUUCUUUCCAGCCUAGUUCGCCCCUCCCUUUCUCACCACUCGAUCUUCCCUCACUCCAACUCUUCUUCGUCCUCGUCUGUAAACGAAGUCUCCCAGGCCGCAUCUUCCAAGCACUCGCACACUGACAGAUCACAUUCGCCGGAGCGCCGUCUAUCCUUCUCAAUGGACCACUUUAUCCACACUUACCGGGACCAUCACAAUAAGGAAAAGCAUCGAAAGCACGGACGUUCCUCUCGUUCAAAGGAGCGUGGCAGCCAUGAGGAAACGGCAGCUUCAGCUAAACUUGAUGUCAUCGUGGAAUCUCCACCUCUUGUUUGCUAUGGAACACCGGCGAACUCUACGGGUGCUUUGUUCUCUGGCCGCCUCAGAAUUACCGUACCCGAAGCAACGGGCAUGGUCAUCCUUGACAAGUUCGAUAUGCGCUUGAUGAUUAGAAAGACGACGAAGAAGCCCGUCUCGAGGGACUGCCCCAAUUGCGCCUCCAAGACCGAGGAACUGACAAACUGGAACUUCCUGACGGAACCUCUCCACCUUAGGAGCGGUGACCACGACUUCCCUUUCAGUUAUCUGUUCCCAGGUAACCUGCCGGCGUCGUGUAAUGGUUCCCUGGGACAGAUUGAAUAUUUCCUUCAAGCACACGGACACAAUGUGAACGGUGAAGAGUACAAUUUUAGAAUGCCGCUACACAUGCGCCGCGCCAUUCUCCCAGGGAACGACAAAUCCUCAAUUCGUAUCUUUCCACCCACCAAUCUAACUGGCCGCAUCGUCCUCCCAUCUGUUGUCCACCCAAUUGGGACUUUUCCCGUUCAGAUGACCUUGAGCGGUGUCUUGGAUAAAGGCGAGGAGACCCAAACGCGUUGGCGGCUACGCAAGAUGAUGUGGCGGAUUGAAGAGCACCAGAAGAUUGUCUCAACCGCUUGCCCCAAGCACGCGCACAAGAUUGGUGGCGAAGGAAAGGGCGUUCUGCACCAGGAGACGCGGAUCAUUGGACACAACGAGGAGAAAGAUGGCUGGAAGACAGACUUUGAUACCGCUGGAGGCGAGAUAAGCAUGGAAUUUGAAGCCAACAUUAACCCAACCGCCAACCCGGUGUGUGAUCUUGAGGCACCGGGUGGACUGGAGACGAAGCACAAUUUGGUCAUUGAACUGAUUGUUGCGGAGGAAUUCUGUCCAAACCGUAACACCAGACUCAUCACUCCAACAGGAGCUGCCCGCGUCCUUCGCAUGCAGUUUAACCUGCACGUUACGGAGAGAAGCGGGCUCGGUAUCAGCUGGGAUGAGGAGAUGCCGCCAGUAUACGAAGACGUUCCCGCUAGCCCUCCCGGAUAUACCAUGCUUGACGGAAGCAGCAUCAUGGAGGAUUACCACGGAUCUCCUCUACCGACCCCGGAGUACGAAGAACUAGAGCGAAUGGACUCACUUCGACUUGAUAACUCAUCUACCAACUCUUCCUGCCGUGGACGAAGCCGGCUGACGACCGAUGAUUUGACGGCCGAACCGGCGGAAUUCGAAAGUCGAAACCGAGCGCCAUCCGCGGACUCGCAUUCGUCAUGAACAAUUGAUUCAAUUGAUCCGUCAU